UAUAAAUAAAUCCUACAUUUAUUUGGGUUAUGAUCAGUUUUUAUUAUCUGUUUUAUAGAAGUUAAUUGACCUUAAUGAUUGCUGUGGCGCUAACAUUUUGUGGUGAUGUUGUAUUUGUAUUGCAUAUUAUUAUCGUAUUAUUUAUUGUAUUGCUCUUAUAUUGUCCGCCCAAUUUAUACCAAUAAUAGUAGGCUUAAAAACGGAAACACCUCUCUGUAUUAUGUUAUCAUCUGAAAAUAUAAAAACUAUUGGACACCUCGCAACAAAUUUAAACAAAAACUGAACCUUCCAACAUUUAUGAAUGGAGGAAUAGAUCACAUAGGUUUUAGGUAGGGGAAACCUACAUAAUACAAGCAUCUGUUGGUAGCACAUUUUAUACUACAACUUACAUUUACUUCUACGUUAUAAGAAGUUCUCUCUCUAAAACAAAACCUUACACUUUGGUUUGUAAAUUGUUGUUUUGUGUAUCGAAACAACAUUACUUCAAAAUGGGCAAAGUGCUUACUUUGCAAUGUGGACACAAUAAGUAAGUGUAUUUUCAGUGUCAGGGCUUUAAAAAAUUGUCAAAUCGUAUUGGCUAACUUUAGCUAGCAGGCUGGCAGUAGUUCAUGUAAGGUUAGAUCUAUAAAGAGUCUGUAGUUGUCUUGUCUGAAAAAUUAAACGUAUUACACAAAAAUUGCAUAGUAAAAAUAAAACCAUAUAAAAUAUGUACUCUUAUCAUUAUUAGCCUAUCAAUGGACCUCACUCCACCCUCACCAAAAUGGCCGCCGGUCGAGGACGGUUCGAUCCAUUGGUCAACGGUUGUUUAUGGUUGCUAAGCAAUGUCGAAGCCGUGGGAGGAAGCAGUGCAGAAUGGCAUCGAACCUGUAACGAUACCUGACCAGGAAUUUAAAGUCUCACUUUUUCUUUUUUAAAUCCAUGAGUAUUUUGUAGCUGGUGUUUGAUAUCCUCUGGUCGUCAGCUUUUCUCACCCGAAUGUAACCUGGAUAUGAAUUGUUAUUCAGCCUUUGUCCGCAUGCUUGUUAUCUUGGUUAGCUAAUGAAGCUCAAUUCAGCUGUAUAACGUUAAUAUGUGCAGUUAUGGAUAGCCUAUAUCUGAAUUGAACAGUGUUUUUUUAUCUUUUGCUAGCUACUGUAUAAGUCCAAUACUGUGUUGUGGAUGCUGAGACAUGGGGUCAGAGUCGGUGAAGGUGGUGGUGAGGUGCAGGCCACUGAAUGACAGGGAGAAGGCUCUGGGCUCUGACACGGUGCUCUCCAUCGACCCGCACCGCUGCCAGUGCUUCAUAGAGAAGCCUGGGGCCGUGGAUGAGCCGCCCAAACAGUUCACCUUUGACGGGACCUACUUCAUUGAUCAAACCACUGAGCAGAUGUACAACGAGAUUGCCUAUCCUUUGGUUGAGGGCGUCACUGAGGGAUACAAUGGCACAAUCUUUGCCUAUGGACAGACUGGAAGUGGGAAGUCUUUCACCAUGCAGGGGGUGUCCGAUCCUGCAGCCCAGAGGGGGAUCAUCCCACGAGCCUUUGAGCACAUCUUUGAGAGUAUACAGUGUGCAGAAAAUACAAAAUUCCUUGUGAGGGCCUCCUACUUGGAGAUUUACAAUGAAGAAAUCCGAGACCUAUUGGGACAUGACACCAAACACAGAUUGGAGCUGAAAGAACAUCCAGAGCGGGGGGUGUAUGUGCGGGACCUCUCCAUGCACACUGUGCACAAUGUGGGGGAGUGUGAGAGAAUCAUAGUGCAAGGCUGGGGGAACCGGGCGGUGGGCUUCACGCUAAUGAACAAGGACUCCUCCCGCUCACACUCCAUCUUCACCAUCCACUUGGAGAUCUGCAACACAGAUGCAGAGGGCCAGGAUCAUCUACGAGCAGGUAAACUCAACCUGGUUGACCUGGCGGGAAGUGAGCGUCAGUCUAAAACUGGUUCUACAGGCGAGCGGCUCCGCGAGGCCACCAAGAUCAACCUGUCCCUCUCGGCGCUAGGCAACGUCAUCUCUGCCCUGGUGGACGGACGCUCCAAACACAUCCCUUACCGAGACUCCAAGCUCACCAGGCUGCUGCAGGACUCUCUGGGAGGAAACACGCGCACCUUAAUGAUCGCCUGUCUGUCCCCCGCGGACAACAACUACGAGGAAACCCUAAGCACGUUACGCUAUGCCAACCGGGCCAAGAGCAUCCAGAACAGGCCUCGUAUCAAUGAGGACCCCAAAGAUGCUCUGCUGCGGGAGUACCAGGAGGAGAUCAAGAAGUUGCGGGCCCUUAUCUCAGGUCAGAUGGGCACCGCGAACCUAUCAUCUUUGCUCUCUGGUCACUUCUCUGAGCAACCCCCUGCUGUUCUGACAAGACCACAGUCCAGCACCACAGAAGUAGAGAAGGAGAAGAUUAAAGAGGAGUAUGAAGAGAGACUGGCCAAGUUGCAGGCUGAGUACAAUGCAGAGCAGGAAUCCAAAGCCAAGCUGCAGGAGGACAUUGCUGCCCUGCGUUCCUCCUGGGAUUCCAAGCUGAACAAUCUGGAGAAGGCUCGAGCCAGCAGAGGGAGCUCUGUCCCAAAGAUUGAAAACAGAAAACCAUCCUCCCAAGAACCAGCAUCAGUAAGUUCCAGCUGUAUGACGGAGGUCUCAAAAGAAGAGCUCCAUCGCACUGAUCCCGUUUACCAGAAAACAAUUGGGGAAACUUCCCAGACCAAGCCUGAUGUACCAGCAGUCGGUGUCCUAAAAGGUCCAGACGGAGACGGGCUCAAAGUCUCACCUGAUGUCUCUACAGAGCCUCUGGACCAGCAACAUGUCCUGGAGAGACUGCAGCAGCUGGAACAGGAGGUGGUGGGAGGAGAGCAGGCCAGGAACACAGACCUGCAGCAGAGACACCGGCAGAGGAAGACCCUUGCUGACCAGAGAAAAAUCCAUCUGAUCAGCGCUCUGUCAGAGAAAACUGAGGACAGUGAAAACGUGCUGUUGAAUGUCUACAACUCCAUCCAGGAGGAGGUCCACGCCAAAAGCCAAAUGCUGGUCAAGGUCCAAGGCAAGAUGAAAGCAGCCAAACUGGAGAUCCGUGACCUGCAGGCGGAGUUCGAGGUGGAAAGGGAUGACUACCUGGCAACGAUCCGGCGGCUGGAGAGGGAGGGCCAGUUACUGCACAGCCUGCUGGAGCGCAUGGUGAUGCUGGUUCGCCGGGACUGUAACUACAGCAACCUGGACCGCCUGAAGAAAGAAGCCUUGUGGGACGAGGACAGCGCCACCUGGAGGCUGCCGGACGUUACGGUGCAGAAAACAACACUGCCUUCAGCAGUGGCUCCGAAAGUUCCAGCUGGAAGAGGUCCAGCUGCUGAUACUGGAGAGCCGUCCAUGCAGAUGGAGGAGGACCGGUACAAGGAGAUGCUGGCCCGCAGUGACAGUGAGAACAUCGCCAGCAGCUACUUCAAGUCAAAGAGAGCAAGCCAACUGCUGGGACGUGAAGCUACCAAGGGGCACGCCAUCCACUCUCCACCCCUGGUUAACGGGGCAGCCCACCUCACUGUGAGCGGCUCCACCAUGAACUCACCUGUCGGCUCAGACUCCGUAUUCCCGCGCCCCUUCCGCCUGGAGUCUCUGGGAGUCCCUGUGCCCAAUGCUAAAGUCAAACGCAAAAAGAGUAAAUCCCACAUCCAUAACGAGGGGAUUUAAAAGAACAUCUUCCAGGUACUUAAAUACUUAAACACGGCUGACUGUCCUUUGUUUUUGAUUAGUUUUGACAGUUAUUUUGAUUAUAUACCCUGUUAUUGAUCAAAUACAUUAUACAUUUUAUUAUUUGAGGUCUAAUGCCCACGCAGCCAACACUUUUCUGGACACUUUAAAUUCAGCUGUCAUGUGUUUUGAAUCCUACUUUAAAUUGUUAUUUUGAGAAAAAUUGACUACUUAAGUUGUGAAACUACCUUUGAAUUUUUUGCACUUUACCUUAACUGUGAAACUCUAACUACCAUAAUAUUUCAUUUCUAAUGUAUUUUGCUUUUCUUACCACAAUGUAACUGUUCUUUUUUCUAUCUUCCAACAUUAUGCUGCUAAAUAUCAAAAUAAAACAAAUGAG